AUGGCGAAAAGAGAUGUAGCGAGGUACUGCUUGCAAGUUUCAGAACACGGCAAUGGCGAAAAGAGAUUUUUACGUAUUUUGCUCGCGCUGGCAUUGCUGGAGCCGGCGACGGCCGCCGGCCUGAAGUUCACCAGCUCGGAGAAAGUUGUGAGGCAGCUUUACAAGCGCUGGUGCAAGCACUUUAAAGUAGCGCGCAAGCAAGAAGAGAAGGUCCACCGCUUCGCCAACUUCAACCAGACGGUGCACCGCGUCGCGUCCAGUACUGUUCGAGUUGCAGACGAGCCUCUGCGACUCAACGGUUUCGCGGACGCGAUAUGGGCAGAACUUGAAGCGUGCAGGUGUCGCAUGACUCCGGAGGGACGCCGCAACCUCGCACUUGUGCCCAUCAAAAGGCACGGCGGCGACGGGAACCUCACGCUCCCGGUCAACAUCGACUGGCGUAACACGACAUGCCAAGGCCAGCCGUGCCUAGGUCCAGUCAGGAACCAGUGGUUCUGCAGCUCCUGCUGGGCGUUCGCCGCGACGGCAGCGAUCGAGAGCCACCUCGCCAUCAGGGGUGGCCAUGAUAGUGCAGCUUUUGCAGCAGGAGCUAGUUGA